AUGGCUGCAUCUGUGGAACAAUGGGCAGUCCCACGACUAUCACAGAUUCUCGGGCUGGAUCAGGACUCGGCACAAGCGGUCAUUGCCUAUACAAAUUCAUUAUCAAAACAGGCUGCUGCCGACCAUCUGGCUGAGCUCAUGGGUGGUAGACCACAAGUUCUAGAGUUCAUUACAAGCUAUAACCAGAGGAGACAAGAGCCUUCCGUGUCGACACCUCCAUCAGAAGCCCCGACGAACGCCACGACUCCGCAACCUGCCGGACCAGGUCCGUCCCAAGCACGGCAGCCGCGAAAGAAAAAGCCUCAAAUCCAUGCAUUACCGCCGCGACGGAUUGCAGAUUCCGGUGAUGUUGCUGGGGCUUACCAGAAGCGAAACGAGGACGACUACAUGCCCACGGCGGCACGCCAAAGGCACAAAGACCAGGUUGCAGAUAAUCUUGCACUUCGCCAAAAGCCUGAUGCAACCAAGCUCCCGCUCAUCACUGACGAUGCCUCGCUGACGACGAAGCCAAUCACCUCCAAGGCUCCUCCAUCCGCGGCUGGUCCGUUGAUAUCAGACGCAUUAUCAUCGAAAAAAGGCGGCUCUUCACAAUCGUCCAAGUCCUCGGCGCCUGCCACGAAGACCAAAGUCAACAUCACUGGCGGUACAGCCAUGCAUGGCGCAUCUACUGCUUUAAGUGAUCUUGACUCUGCAAUUCGAAGUCUUGAGUUACAAACAAAUCCUGCAUUUACUACUUCAGCCAUAGAUAAUAAAGAGCGUAUGUGUAAUUGCAUGGCUACAAGACAUCCUUUGCUUGACGUGGCACCAAACUGUCUGAACUGUGGGAAAGUCAUCUGCAUCAAGCAAGGUCUAGGGCCAUGCACAUUCUGCAACACGCCGCUCUUAAAUGCCGACGAUAUCCAAAAGGUUCUUAGGGUACUCAAAGAGGAGCGUGGCGAAGAGCGCAUGAAAGCAAACAACGCCACGCACAAGCGCGCCGACGUCGCACAAGGUAAAGCACGAGCAUACACUGGAAGGGACUUCCUCGCAAACGCCGCCGCGUUAUCCGGACGAAGUUCCGCCGCCCCAUCACCACUCUCCUCCACUGCCGCGACACCAGCAGGCUCGGAUGACGAAGCUGGCGCCAAAGCACAAGCCCAUCGAGACAAGCUUCUCAAUUUCCAGGCGAACAAUGCGCGCCGGACGCACAUCCGGGACGAGGCGGCCGACUACGACAUCCCGACCGCCGGCACAAACAUGUGGGCGAGUCCUGCGGAACGCGCACAGCAAUUGAAGAAACAGCAGAAAGCACUACGGGAAAUCGAAUGGAACGCACGGCCUGAGUACGAGAAAAGGAAAGUCGUUGCUAGCAUUGAUCUGGUUGGAGGGAGGAUUGUCAAGCGUAUGGCGGAGGUCGAAAACCCUGACUUCAACUCUAACGACGACGGCAAGGAUGACGAUGACUAUGCCGCGCCGGUCCAAACGACCGGUGGUGGUGGCGCAUUCAGCCGCAAUCCUUUGGCAUCGGGUCUGAUUCGGCCCGUGGCACGAGAGGCCAAGGGCAAGGAUACGGUGAGGGAGAAACGAACAACUUGGCGUCGUGUACAGAUGGAUGAAGAUGACAAUGAGCAGUGGAUCUUGGAUGGUGGCGUCUACGGGGGAAACUCUGGGGAUCGCGAAUUGUACGCCGAAGAACCUGCGUGUGGAUAA